CUUCGUCUUCUAACAAUGCUACCGAAGAAAAGCAGGCUCCCACUUUAGCCGAACUGGUUAGAAAGUAUGAUACGGAAAAGCUUAUCGAGUUUUUGAAGGAGCAAGAAGACCUGCAACUGGACGAAGACGAUUUCAAAAUCUUCCGCGAUGAGAAGAUCACUGGUCGUGCAUUUCUCAAGUUGACUGAGGAAAAACUUCGUAGCUAUGGCAUGAAAGGUGGCCCUUCAACGGUUCUUGCCGACUUCGCCAAGGAAGUUAAGGAGAAAAAAUUGAGGGUGUUUUCGUCGUACCGCAUUCUGAGAGAAGUGUUAUUAAAAUAUGGCUUUGAUGGUGAUGGUGUGGAAGCCAUCCCAUUGUUCGAGCUUCCGCGAUACGAGAUCCAAGACGAUGACCAGCAUUUUGCACAUUGCAUGGCAGAUAUUUUGUUCAGGAUGAAGCAUUACGGGUCUUUAGUCUUGGAUAGUUUGGAAUCUAUGCGAAACGAAUACGUAUCGACAUUACUUCACACAGCUCUCCAUAUUGCAGGAGACUUAACUAGGAAAGAAUUUAGCAUGAGACCAGAAUAUGAAAUCGUUGGUGAUGAAAGUUCCGGACGAGUUGAUUAUGGAAUCAAGGAAUCUGAAAAUCUAAUCUGCGUUACCGAAGAUAAGAAGGCUUUGGAAAAAAACUCCGAGGAAUACCAAACAUUGUAUAAGGGUGUGAAAAAGGUAUUGGGUAUCAUCGUGGGUUUAUUAAAGGAUCGCGCUUGUGUUGAAAAAUCUCCCGCCACCAAGAGAGCUAGGGUUGAGGGAUAUCGCACCAAAAAAUGA